AGUUGGCUCAAUUGGGUGGGUUGACUGGAGAUAACUCGGCCCUUGUCAACCAACCCCGUGCACGCAGAGUCUGAGGUGGCAUCACUCCGAACAUUCGCCGCCGCCAUGUCAUCAUGUAAAGAUCCACCAAUCGGUGGAAAUGAGAUGGCUGGCCUGCGGGCUUUUCUCCGGAGUCGAUGUGGAAGCCUCAAGGCUGCUUUUGCUGAGCUGGACUGCCACAAUGUAGGGCAGCUGACCAGUGAUGACUUCGUGAAGGGAUUGCAGCGGUUUGGCUAUGCUGAGGAUGCCAGCACCAUUUUUCGCUCCAUUGAUGCCGCUAAAAGCGGGACAGUGACCAUGAAGAGCUUCAUGAGUUGCCUUGGUGAUCGAAUGGUGGAAGCCAUAGAUGCUGACAGGCGAUCAAUGGUAAAGCCACUGGCACGAAGUGCAAGCGAAGAUGUGAGGAAAAGCGCGAGAAUACCAAAGAUCGGUGCUCCAAAUUUGUUGACCAGCGUUGCUCUUGGUGGUGCCUUGAAGAGUGGAUCUGCCUUACGCAGCUCUACACCGGAUGACGCAGGCUUAAUGCGCACCUCACCGCACAUGCCAGCAGCAGAUGCAGAUUUGCUGUUUGCCCGCAUCUCCAAAGUUGAAGAGCAGGUUGCAGCCCAGCAACGCUUGCGCUCUGAGACUGAGCAGAAGCUUACGCAGCAUUUGAACAGCCUGGUACUUGUAGGUGUCAGCAUGUCAGAGCAGCUGGAUGUGAUCCGUGAGCAAUUAGCUGAAGAGCGCGCACAGCGCCAGGUGGACGUCACAGGCUUGCGUGCCUCUGUAGAGGCACUGAGGUCAUUGGCACUGCGCUCCGUGCAGGAGAAUCUCGAGGAGUGCGUAAAGUCCGAAGUGGACAAGUCCAUUGGCGAGGUCCGUGGGACCUUGGGGCAGAGCGGCAAGAGUCCUGAGCUGCAACAGAAGUUGGACGUGCUCAGCAAAGCGACUGAGACUCGGUUAGCGGAGCUCGAGUCAUCAGUUCGACAUGUGCACCGACAGCCCUCCUGUCAGACCAUCGAAGAUGGCCAUCACAGGGAGCAGCAUAGAGAGCAGUGCGAGCAGCACAGAGACGCUCUCCUCCAAGCGAGUUUGCGGCUGAGAGAGGCUGAAGUUCGACUCCGGGAGCAGAACCUGGAGAUGAGGGAGCGAGCGGUGAAGAUGCAGCAGGACGGGCCAAUGCAGCCGCCACACACCUUGGGUCGAGGCUGCGAACGCUCUGCCUCGCCCCCGCAGCUUCAGGGGCAUUGCUCUUGCGCUGCAGUUACUUCGCCGCCGCUGCCGCCGGGCCACCCGAUGCGACAAUCUUGCACCUCCACGCCUCUAAACCGAGGCAUGUCGAGGCCAGCGAUGGUGUCCUCGCCUAUGCAGCGCGGUGCAGAUCCCAGGAGCCCUGCUUCGCCGGUGAUGGAGGGCCGACCGAUAGACAGUCGCUGGGCAGUCAACGCCCAGAUGCGGGGCGGCAUGCACACGCCAUCGCCAGUGCAUUCGCAUGUGCCGGCAGUGCAGCAGAAGCGAAUGUGACUGACUCCUUCCGCGCGGCGGAAGCUCACGGAGGAGAAGCAAAUGUGUGCAACCGAGCCAGAGGAUUCCUUCCGCAAGCCGAUCCCUAAGAGGCAUCAGCAUGCCAGGCUGUUUAGACUUGAUGCCAUGCACUGAUAUUAUAACGCGAAGUAGCGGUGAGUGGUUAUCACUGAGACUGGAACAGGGCUCAGUGGCAGCACGUUAGAUUGGCGAAUAGUCGCAUGGCUCGCUCGUCAGAGAGUUUACAGCAGCUGAGGUGCUGCGGUGCUGCAGCCUUGGUAUUUCCUCUUUCAGCGGUGCCAGAGUGCAUCGGAAUGUAUAGAGCUUCGUGUAGGUUUUCUACCAUUCCUUGCUGGGGUGAGGUAAAUCAAACAACCGUCAGUAGGUUUUUGCAUCGUGGGGUUGACAGCCUAUGUGGCCUUCAAACAGUGUUCACAAUGAACACUGCUGAUGUGGGCGCACGUUGAUCAACCGCAGUGUGAAAAGCGCAAUGCACA